UGUGUGUUAUUGGCCGGACAUUGGAAUGAGCCGCGGCAUUGCAUGAAAAAUAGGUUUCCGGUCCACAUAGUACAGUACACUAUAAGCGUCUCGCGCGUGAUAGAUUUGUCUUGCCUCUGAUUCUUGCGUAGAACUAUGUUUCGUUAUCUACCUAGUCUCGUCACAUUUUGUUACCGAAGCUAAUGGGUCAGCAAAAUCAUGAGUCUGAUCAGUCGAUGCUCAAAGCUGACUGAAUCAUCAAGCUCUUCGUCUCCCUCAAUCUUAACUCUUCUCAACGCUUGCAAAACCUUUCGAAACCUCGAACAUAUACACACCCAAAUCAUCCAACGAGGUAUAGAGCAAGACCAUAUUAUCAUAAGCCGCUUUAUCACUCUCUGCAACUCUCUCUCUUCCAACAUCGCAUAUGCUACUAGUGUUUUCGACAGGGUCAUUCAACCCAAUAUCUAUCUCUGGAACACGCUCAUCAAAGGCUAUACAGAACACUCUUCUCUUGAUGGGUCUGUUUCAAUUUUUGUCCGGAUGAAGCGAAAUGGAACUGUUGUUCCUGAUAAAUUUACGUUUCCUUCGUUGCUUAAAGCUUGUUCGAAUGAAUUGGCGUUGAAGGUCGGGCGGGCCAUUCAUGGGUCGAUAGUGAGGCAUGGGACUGAUGGUGAUGUUUUUGUUGGGUCGAGUUUGAUUGACUUUUACGGGAAGUGCCGAGAAAUUAAUUGUGCACUUAAGGUGUUCAAUGCAAUGAGUGUGAGAAAUGUGGUUUCUUGGACCGCUAUGAUUGUUGGGUUUGUAAAUGUUGGGGAUUUGGGACAAGCAAAGAGGCUGUUUGAUGAAAUGCCGAUUAGGAAUCACGCCUCGUGGAAUGCGAUGAUCAGUGCGGUUGUCAGAUCUGGUGAUUUGAGGGGUGCUAAGAAGUUGUUUGAUGAAAUGCCUAUUAAGAAUGUGGUCUCUUUUACUGUUAUGAUUGAUGGGUAUGCCAAGGCAGGUGACAUGGCGAUGGCGAGGUUUUUGUUUGACCAGUCGCCAAAUAUAGACAUUGUUGCUUGGUCGGCUUUGAUAUCAGGUUAUACACAGAAUGGCAAUCCUAAUGAGGCUGUUAAAUUAUUUGUUGAAAUGGAUUCGAGGAAUCUAAAGCCUGAUGAAUAUAUAAUGGUGAACUUGAUGUCUGCUUGUUCCCAAAUUGGUUGUUUGGAACUGGCUAAAUGGGUUGAUUCUUAUGUGAGCAGGAGUUCAAUUAAUCUCCGGCAAGCUCAUGUUUCUACCACUCUAUUAGACAUGAAUGCAAAAUGUGGAAACAUGGAGAGAGCUACCAUCUUGUUCGAACAGAUGCCUAAGCGGGACCUCGUUUCAUAUUGUUCCAUGAUACAAGGCCUGUCAAUUCAUGGGCAUGGCGUUCAAGCUGUUGGCCUCUUUGCCAGGAUGCUAAAUGAAGGUCUUACCCCUGAUGAUGUUGCCUUUACGGUCAUCCUGACAGCUUGUAGUCAUGCAGGCCUUGUUGAAGAGGGCUGCCGCUAUUUUGAUUCCAUGAUACAUGACUACUCUCUUGUUCCUUCUCCUGAUCACUAUGGAUGUAUUAUCGAUCUUCUUGCACGGUCAGGAAAUGUAAAAGCAGCAUAUGAGCUCAUAAAAUCAAUGCCUGUGGCCCCUCAUGCUGGGGCCUGGGGUGCACUUCUUGGGGCUUGUAAGCUGCAUUGCAAUGUUGAGUUAGGCGAAGAAAUUGCGAAUCACCUUUUUCAGCUUGAGCCUUGCAAUGCUGGCAAUUACGUAUUGUUGUCUGACAUAUAUGCAGCAGCAGAUCGGUGGUUGGACGUAUCUCUUCUAAGGAACAGAAUGAAGGAGAGAGGGAUUAGAAAGAUACCUGGCCGCAGUUGGUUAUAAUUCAAAAUUCUUGGUCUCAUGGUAUCAUUUCUAUACAGAGCCAUGGUUAUUGUAUGUAUGUAUGUGCAAAUAUAUAUAUAUAUAUAUCUUUAGCAAGUAUUUGUGUCAUAUUUUGCCAACUCUAUCUUUUCAAGAUUCUUGAGUUAUUGGUUCCUUCUUAUCAUAUACAUGACACAAGAUAUCAAUGGCUAUGAGGUUGUAUUAUUAUGGGCUACUAGAAACAGCAUACA